AUGGCCGCCGUUAGCCUCCUUACCACCACGGCCUCAAUCUCUCGCCCCCAAUGUUUACCACAAACCUCUCACUCAUCCUCUCUCCUUCACCUUCCAAAACCACACAACUCAAUCUCUUCUGUAAGAACUCCUCUUUCUCUCUCUAACCACACCAAAACCCCAAAACCUCAUCAUUCUAAAGACUACUGUAAUUUGCUUAAUCUAUCGGUUGAACAUGGCGACAUUGAACUUGCCAUGGCUGUCCAUGCUUCAAUUCUCAAGAUUCAAGAGAAUACCCCAUACUUGUUUAACGCACUCAUCCUGGCUUAUUUCAAAUUGGGUCUCACGAGUCAUGCUUACAAGGUGUUCAAUUGUGUUAAAAAUCCAGAUGUGGCGACAUUUACCACUAUGGUUUCUUGGUUUGUUAAGUCAAAUCGCGAAAUUGAAGGUGUAAAGCUUUUCUCUGAAAUGAGGAGGUUGGGUAUUCAGCCUAAUGAGUAUAGUUUCGUUGCUAUAUUGACUGCUUGUUCACGGAUUUUGGAUCUUGAAUUGGGUUCUCAAGCUCAUUGUUUAGCUAUCAAAAUGGGGUUUUUACAAGAUACAUAUGUUUCAAAUACUUUGAUGGGGUUCUAUAGUAAAUGUGGUUGUUUAAACUAUGUGCUCCAGGUGUUUGACGAAAUGCUCCAGAGAGACAUUUCAUCAUGGAACACAAUGAUAUCGGCUCUGGUAAAGGAAUCCAUGUAUGAAAAAGCAUUCGCAUCGUUUCAUGAUUUGUCACAAUCGAAUGAACUUACAAUCGACCAUUUUACCCUUUCAACCCUUCUAACUGCCUGCACGGAAAACGAUGCGAUCAUGGCAGGCCGUGAACUUCAUGCUCAUGCUCUAAAAUUCGGACUAGAAAACAACUUAAGUGUUACCAAUGCCCUAAUUGGAUUCUACACCAAGUGCAGAAGCAUAAAAGACGCAAUUGUUCUGUUCGAUAGAAUGCCUGUUAAAGACAUAAUCACCUGGACUCAAAUGAUAUCUGCGUACAUGAACUCAGGACUUCUUGAAAUCGCACAGGAGGUGUUCGACAAAAUGCCUGAGAAGAAUUGUGUCUCUUACAACUCCCUCUUAUCAGGGUUUUGCCAAAAUGGGGUUCCUUCAAACGCAUUGAACAUGUUUUGCAAAAUGAUCACACAAGGUUUGGAAUUAGACGAUUUCACCUUCACUAGCGUCAUCAAUGCCUGUGGAUUACACGCAGACAAGAACACCAGUGAUCAGAUACACGCGUUUGUUCUAAAAUCCGGGUUUAAAUCAAACAAUCAUGUCGAAUCCGCAUUGCUUGAUAUGUGCACAAAGUGUGAAAGAAUGUCCGAUGCAGAAAAAAUGUUUCAAAUUCUCAUCGACUCAUUAACCCAAUACAAUUCUUCGAUCAUAUGGACAACAAUGAUUUGUGGUUAUGCAAGAAACGGAUACCCAUACGAAGCAAUUUCAUUAUUCGUCAAAUCCCAAUCCGAAAACACAAUAAUCGUCGAUGAAAUUGUGUCAAGUACAGUUCUUGGUGUGUGCGCAACAUUAGGGUUUGAUAGAAUCGGUGAACAAAUCCAUUCAAUUGCUAUAAAAUCAAGUUUAAUCCAUGAUACAGGAGUAGGAAACGCGUUAAUUGGAAUGUACACCAAAUGCGACAACAUGACAAAUGCGAUUAAAGUUUUCAAUCUCAUGAAACAACACGACAUCGUUUCAUGGAAUAGUUUGAUCUCGGGUUAUAUUUUUCACAAGCAAGGGGACAACGCAUUGGAGAUAUGGAAACAUAUGAAAACGAAAAACAUCAAACCAAAUUCCAUCACUACCCUUUUAAUCAUCUCAGCCUACACACACACCAUGUCCAAUUUGGUAAAUUCAUGUUACACAUUCUUUAACUCCAUGAAAACGGUUUACAAAAUCGAACCGGAUUCAACCCAUUACGCGUCACUCAUUCGAGUUUUUGGUCAUUGGGGUUUGGUUAAAGAGGCCGAGGAGAUAAUUACGAAAAUGCCCUUUGAGCCGAAUUCGUUUGUGUGGAGGGCUUUACUUGAUAGCUCAAGAACUCAUAUGAACACGAGUAUUGAAAACAAAGCUGCAAAAGAGAUUCUUGGAAAGAAACCGAAUGAUCCAUCUACUUACAUACUUAUAUCUAAUUUAUAUUCUGCUUUCGGGAGAUUUAAUUGUUCUGAAACAAUUCGUGAAGAAAUGAGAGAAAAGGGUAUUAAAAAACGGCCCGGAAAAAGUUGGAUUUUUGUGGAAAAUAAGGUUCAUGAGUUUUACGCGAGAGAUAAAUCGCAUGCGCGAUUUAAGGAUAUUUAUAGUGGUUUAGAUAUAUUGGUUUUGGAGUGUUUGAAAAUUGGGUAUAUGCCGGAUACGAGUUUUGUGUUGCAUGAAGUGGAGGAGGGGCAAAAGAGGAAUUUUCUAUAUUAUCAUAGUGCGAAAUUGGCGGUUACAUAUGGGAUUUUGAUGACAGGGCGUGGGGCCCCGGUUCGGGUUAUGAAGAAUAUUCUUCUUUGUGGAGAUUGUCAUAGUUUUUUUAAGUAUGUUUCGGUUGUUACUAAAAGGGAGAUUCAUGUUAGGGAUGCUUCGGGGUUUCAUUGUUUUGUUAAUGGUGAGUGUACAUGUAAAGGCUAA